UGCACGGUUCAAGUUAAAUUGGAGCUGGGGCACCGAGCCCAACUGAGGAAGAAGCCCACCACUGAAGGCUUCACUCAUGACUGGAUGGUGUUUGUGCGGGGCCCGGAGCAGUGCGACAUCCAGCACUUUGUGGAAAGGGUGGUCUUUCGGCUACACGAGAGCUUCCCCAAACCCAAGCGAGUGUGCAAGGAGCCCCCUUACAAAGUGGAGGAGUCUGGCUACGCGGGCUUCAUUAUGCCCAUUGAAGUACACUUCAAAAAUAAGGAGGAGCCGAAAAAGGUUUGUUUCACGUAUGACCUGUUCUUAAAUUUGGAGGGAAAUCCACCCGUGAACCACCUUCGUUGUGAGAAACUGACUUUCAACAAUCCCACCAAGGAAUUCAGACGCAAACUCAUCAGGGCUGGAGGGGUGAUGGUCAUGCCAGAAGGAGCAGAAACUGUUUCAAGGCCGAGUCCCGAUUAUCCGAUGUUACCCACAAUACCACUCUCUGCCUUCUCCGAUCCCAAAAAGACCAAACCAUCCCAUGGGUCAAAGGAUGCAAACAAGGAAAGUAGCAAGGCAUCCAAGCCACACAAAGUAACCAAGGAGCACAGAGAGAGGCCGAGAAAAGACUCUGAGAGUAAAAACUCCUCCAAAGACCUUGAAAGAGAGCAAACCAAGCCUUUGAAGGACUCCUCCAGAAAACCAACUGAGAACAAACUGCCUAAGGAGGAGAAGGCACCUCCAAAAGCUGCUUUCAAGGAACCAAAACUGGCCGUGAAGGAGACCAAACUGGAGAACACUUCUCCAAAGGGUGGGCCGCAGCCGGAGUUGAAGUCUUCCAGCAAGAGGCCCUCCAAUGUGGAGUCACCAAAGCCUAGUGCCAAAAAACAAAAAAAGAGUAGCUCCAAAGGGGUAAAGAAUAUCCUUGGGACAUCUCCCAGAACCUCGUCUUCCUCGUAUCCAGAGAAGAAACAAACCAAGGAGAAGAUGAAUGCCAAAGUGGAAAAGGUAAAAUCUGAAAGUGAGGCCAAGGAGAUCAAAAAGCCCGUGGAAAUGGAGGAGUCAAAUUCAGAGGAUGAAACUUCUUUCAAGUCAGAGGGGGUUAAGUCUGUCCAGUCCAGCCCUUCCAACUCCAGCUCCAGCUCCGACUCCAGCUCUGACUCUGAUUUCGAGCCAUCUCAGAACCACAGUCAAGGCCCCCUGCGCUCCAUGGUGGAGGACCUGCAGUCAGAGGAGUCAGAUGAUGAUGACAGCUCCUCUGGAGAAGAGGCAGCAGUCAAAGCAAACCCCGUCAGCCGGGAUUCCAGACUGAGCCUCAGUGACAGUGACAGCGAUAACAGCGCCGACUCCUGCCUGCCCAGUCGAGAGCCUCCUCCUGGCCAGAAACUGCCCCCAGCAAAUAACAAGGCAUCUGGAAGAAAAAGCCCAGAGUCUUGUAACAAGCCAGAGAAGAUCCUGAAGAAGGGAACGUACGACAAGGCCUACACUGAUGAGUUGGUGGAGCUUCACAGGCGACUAAUGGCACUACGGGAGCGCAACGUGCUACAGCAGAUUGUAAAUCUCAUUGAGGAAACCGGGCAUUUUAAUGUUACCAACACAACCUUUGACUUUGACCUCUUCUCCUUGGAUGAGACGACCGUCCGUAAGCUGCAGAGCUACUUGGAAGCGGUAGCCACAUGACGCUUGGCCUUGGGAGCGGGCUGCUUUUGAAACCAGAAAUCCCCUUUAUUGGUACCAGGAAACGAACCCAUGGAACUAGACCUUCUUAUUCUCUUGAUUCACCCGAAGCACUGCCUUAGAGAACAGCCAUGCUCUAUGAAUGCACAGCCAGCUGCACUUUCUUGUAGGCUUCAAACCAAGCGCCCAUAUCGCUGAGUCUGUCCUCCCUAGCUUCAUGUAAGUAACGCCUGGGCACAGGUCCUGAGUAGAGCAAGAGAUGUGCUGCACUUAGCUGCACAGCCUGACCUUUUCUGGUUUUUACUUGGAGAAACUGUGUUUUUUAAGAGCACGUUUUCAGGUGUCUCUGAGAUCUGAAGAAGUGUGGACGAUGUUUUCUUCACCAAACCUAGGGACCAGCCUGCCUGCGGAGAGCUUUAGCGAGUCCCGUUUCCUCCAGCUCCGCCCAGAAGCUGUUGGUGCUGUGUGUAAAGCAAGAUUGGCUUUUACAAAGCCAGCUGAGAGACUGGUGACAGAGGAGGCCUCCCAGGAGGGUCCUGCUGGUCUGCUGCAGAGGAAGAGUGGACAGAUUCCAGUUUUGAUCCCUUGCAAGUUAGUUCUGCCACGGUUCGCUCCGGAGCACUGCUGUAAUUUGGCUCCCAAUUCCUACAGGGCAUCAUCGUCCCACACCUGGGACCUUCAGCUUCCUGCAGGGACAGUUUCUGUGCUCUUUGGAGAGGCCUCUAGAACCUGCUGUCUCCUGCUGGGGUUUUGAGAUGUCUUGUUUGUUGAUCUGAGCUCCUAAACAAAGUCUCACUCCUUUCAGUCUGCUUUAACUGUAAUAGGACUACAAAACUGUAAGCUGUAUAUUUUAUAUAUAUAUUAUAUAUAUGUAUGUACUGUAUGUAUAAGAAGGGCCUAGUUGGGUCUUAUGAUCUUAAGGGUGUGUUUUUUUCUGUUAUGUUUUUUUAAUGGCUCUGGCAGGGGAAGGGCGCUUAAUAAGAUUUGACUUGUUUGUUAAAAUGCCCCUCGUGGACAAUUUUUAGUGUCUGAAAGCUGAACAGCAAUCUUCAAAGCAUUUUUGUGCUCUGGAAGGGACUCACCUGUCGUCUUUCCAUUUGUCAGUGUUCAAUAACUUUGCCAAAAUAGGUGAUUGGUUGUGUUCUAUGUUCUCAAAGAGGAAUCUCCUACAGUGGCCCCUAUAGUAGUGGCUGUACUUUGGGAAAACCAAAACAAGGGAGGGUUUUUAUCUUGGGACACACCUGGAAAACGCUGAUGUAAAAACCAAGUGAAGUCAGGUUUGUUUCCUCCUCCCUUUCCCUCCCCCCUGCCUGUGAAAGGAACGGCAGAAAACAGUAAAAACACUAAUCCCAGAAUCUUUCCUGUAUUUCUAGUGAAACUAGUAUUGAUUUCCAAGUGUUCUGUAGGUGGGUGUGAGGAAAGUCCCGUGGCUUUCCUCCAAACCAGGUUACGCUCCUGUUCCCUAAAUUCAGUAUUUUUUUGAAGAAUUCUUGCUCUGUCUUUUUUCCAAUCAGUGUGUGUAAGCUUUUGCCAAAUGUUGAGUGGGCUGCAGGCAGCAAGGGGGUGAGCAGUGGUCCAGGGGAGCCCCCCACUUCUGGGUGCACCCCCCAUAUCUGUGAAAGCCCCGUGUGGGAGCUGGGGGUGGGGGGGGAGGGAUCCCAUCGCUCCAGGGUUUGCUGUCCCUUCUCCACUCUGGAAUUGCAGUCCCUUGUUUUGGGUUACCCCUUUCUUUUAUCAUGGAAAUGUUGCAACUAAUCAACUGAAGUGGCAAUAUGAUGAUAAGCUUGUUUGAGUUGGGUCAUGUUGACCCGAUUCCCAUUAAUUUUUGUCUUUGUACCAUCUUUUCAUGUGUCUCGUGUGCGUGUGUGUGUGUGUGUAUAUAUAUAUAUAUAUAUAAAAAAAAAAAAGAAAAAAAUCAAGCUCAUGGCCAGGUGCAAACCCUGUCACGACAGUGAUCUCAGCUGUUUUCUUUCUUGAUGGACAAUGCCAAGCCUGGAUAGAAACCCUGUGCGCAAACGGACACCUUGAGAAGGUGGAGGCCAGCAGGAGGAGGAGGAGCUGCUGGCAGUGGGACGCGUUGUGGUGGAGGACAGGACAGCAGCCAGGAGUGUCACAGCCUGUCCCAUGUGCUGUUAGGCCUGGUGGGUACGUGUCAACUGCUCGUGGUGUCUGUUAGGUCUGUGGUGUGGAGGAGAUCAGCCUUGUGUGGGUCACUACGGCCCCAAACUUGGCUCCUUGGGUGUGUGGAGCCUCCUGUGUGCUGCCCCCAGGGCAGGGUGGGGUUGGUGACAUUGUUCUGGCCCCAAAGCAGUAGGAGCAGCGGUGGUAGGACCAGAAUGAGAUCUCCCAAGGUCUUUUGCCUCCUCUCUCCACCCAGGGAACCUCCUCCCAUUGCGUCCGUGUCACCUCUCCUGGCAGCGCUUCUCCUGGUGCCGUCAGCAGCCUCCAAGAGUUGCUCCACUAGGGAUGGGAGGUGCCACCUCCCUCCUGUCCCUUUGUCACCAUGAGAUGGUCCCUCUGCUCCCAGCCUGUCCAAGAACACGCGUGGGAGGGUGUUCCUGGACGUGGCUGGAAGCGCCCGGGGCUCCCCCCCCCCGGCUCUGGCAUCGUCCUCUCCCUCCACCAACUUCAUCGGUGAAGUCUGAUGAGCAUUGAUAGGAAUUUCGUUUGGUUUUUAUAAGAAGUAUUUUACACAUGGAUUUUUUUAGACUGUUUAUAAUCUCCUUGAAAACCUGAGAUAGGAUUGUUCCCUUCCCCCCCCCACCCCCAGCAAUAGUUCUUUUCCAUGGUGUGCACAUGCUGAUUUGUUACUAAAAGGUUUCUUGCAAGUACUUAGUUGUUCUACGGAGUUGUUGUUUUUUGGGGUAUGUGGUAGCGGCGGGGACCGCAGGAGGAAUGGCUCUGGCAAAGAAAAAGGAUGCUCAAAUUUGGGCCUCGUCUUUGUGUCCCCCUUCUAGUUCCAGAUGAGCGAGUUCCCCGUGUAGGUCCCCUCUAGGCUGGCUGGAUGCUGUUCCCAACAUGCCGUGUACAGGUAUUUGUGGAUAAAAGUGGUUUUUUGUUCUUGUGUCACUCUUGAGAGCAUGGAUGGAUUCUUGUACUCUAGGAAGGAGGUGGCAGUGCUGCUCUUGGCAUUGCUUCAGGUCUUCGAGGAUGUGUAGUAGCUUGCGUUGUUUAAAAAAAAAAAAAAAUUUAAAAAAAGGAAAAAAAAAAAUAAUAAUAAUAAUACCCAAAAUCGACUUCUAGCCAUAAUGGUUUUUUUUUUUCCAAGGAAAACGGACAGAAUUCUGUUACUUUUCAGUGUCCUUCGUCUUGGUACCGAGGGCGUGAAGAAGUGCUGGUGGGUCUGAAGGCUUUGGGAGUUGCUUUGAGUGGAAAGGUCUUGGUGAGAUCAGGACACGGCUCUUCCUUUGGCCUCGGCCUUUGUAUUAAAGGGCAAAAGAAGGGGCAGGAGUAAUUCCUGGUGUCUCGGUCUGCGUGUGUAUUAAGCCUUGAGGCUUUGAUUACUGACAUUUACUAUGAAAAAAAAUAAUAAAAAAGGAAAAAAAAAAAUAAAUAAAAAAAAAAAAGAAAGGCUAGUAAGGCUGGCUGGGUGCCUGGAUCCCAGAGCAGCAGCUGAGGAGUAUUGGACACGUAGGUGAGGAGGGUGACUGUGCUGGGUCAGCCCCACGACAUGGAAGUGCAAUGAUUUUACCACCCGUUCUCCUCUCGCCGCGCGGUGGGAGCAGCAGAACUCGCGGAGAGACUGACGCAACAAUCCAGAAGCAGUUUUAUUUUUUGUGGGAUCUUGAAGGUGUUUUGAUGGUGAGAGAGGUUUAAACUUGCCCGGAGGGAGCUUUUUGCCCCGGCCCGUUCUCUGCAAGUUUGGGGGACACACCCCCGAGUCGCUCUGGUUCCCCAAAUUUCACGGUGGCGAAGGCACCGGAGCCGCGCUCGCCCGGAGCUUCCCUCUGCUCGCCCAGGUGCCCGGCACCCACUAGUACUUCUAAAAAAUGAGGAAAAAUCCAUCAAUAUUGCUUUCCUGAGGGCGUGAAGUAGCCAUCAAAAACUGACAAGAUGAGUUUGCACUCCUAAAAGAAAAAAAAAAAAUUAAAAAAAAAAAAAUUGUAAGUACUUCAACUUCUAGAUGAUUUUUAAUUGUAUUUCUGCCUAGAGCCGAGGUAUUAAAUACCUUGUCACUUGAGGAUUUUAAAAGUUGUGUUGGGAAAUGAAUUCUUCACUCAGCUGUAAGAAAUUCAGCUGGCCCAAGACUAACUUCAAGAUUAAAAAUAAAAAAAAAAAAAAAAAAAAAAAAUAAAAAAAAUAAAAAACUCAUGUUUGUAAUACGUUACAGGAUUGUUUGUCCUGAAUUUUAAACUUUUUGUUAAAUUUGUGGAACUAUGGAGGAAUUUUCUAGAAAAAGUGAAAUAAAGUAAGAUGGAAAAGUAAAA